AUGGAUAAGGAUAAGGAUAAGAAGAAGUCUACCGUAGUUAUCAAUACCAUUAAGAACAGGCAGGCUAGAGAACGUCUUUGGCAACAAAUCAAGCACAAGAAGAAGUUGGAGAAAAAGAAGCGUAAAGUUGAAAAGGAGAAGAUGAGGAAGGAGUUAGGAGAAGAAGCAGUGCCGAAGGAAGUUCCCAAAACUCAAGAGGAUCGACGUGAAUUUGAUGAUACACUUGUUACGCAAAACGAUGACGAAGUUCAUUGCGAUGAAGCUGAUGAUGAGUUUGAACCCUAUUUUUCUCACAAGCUAACUCCUAAAAUUAUGAUAACGACGCACCGCAAACCAUCCAAGAAUGCCUAUUUAUUUAUUAGCGAAGUGAUGGCUCUGUUCCCUAAUUGCCACUUGUUUGAACGAGAAGACCACUCCCUCGUCGAAAUGUGCCGUCGAGCGGGCGAGGAAGGCUUCACCCACCUAAUCGUGAUCGGCGAGAACCAGCGCCAAGUCAACAGCAUGGUGAUAUCGCACCUCCCCACCGGCCCCACCGCGAUGUUCAAGGUAACGUCGUUCAUUCCACACGAGGACAUCUCGGGCUGCGGCGCGGUCACCGAUCACAACCCCGAGCUCAUUCUCAACAAUUUCAACACGCGACUCGGCCGCCGCUUCGGCCGGUUCUUGGGCUCCAUGUUCCCUGCAGCGCCCGAGUUCGAUGGGCGGCGCGUGGUAACGUUUCAUAAUCAGCGAGAUUACAUCUUCGUGCGACAGCAUCGGUAUGUGUUCGAGAGCGAGAAGAAAGCGAAGCUGCAGGAACUGGGGCCUCGAUUCACGCUGAAGCCGAGGUAUCUCCAGGUGGGAACAUUUAACACGCUGAAUGCGGAAUAUGAGUGGAAGUUCAAUCACAAGCAGAUUGAGACGGGAAGAAGAAAGUGGUUCCUUUAG